CACCAUCAUUGUCCGGCUAUGUGUCUACCACAAAGUUUCCAGUUUACAACAUGAAUGACAAACCAAAGAAACAAACAGUACAUGCCCCCGUUGUCAGGCAGGCACCAGUCUGAUGGGGUGGGAUGAUGACUGGGAGGCGCCUGCCCUCUCAUUUACCCCCCGUUUCCUCCACACCUCUUUGUUUACACCUACAAGCCGGUCAAGUCCAGGCAGAAGUGCCGCAGCUUUUUUGACUUCACUCUGUGCUCGCUGGAACAAAAACAAUGUCUGUUUUUCUGCUCAGCUUUGUUGUGCUGUUUGGAGCUUCUCGUGCUUCUGACACCGUGGCUCCUGCCCAGCUCGGGCCGCCGUCGCUCGGGUUCAGCUCCUCGCUCCGCUCGGUGUGUAAACCUAUCCCGAGCACCCUGUCUCUGUGCCACGGGAUCGGCUACAGGCACAUGCGGAUCCCUAACUUGCUCGGCCAUGAUUCGCUGAGAGAGGCCCAGCAGCAGUCGGCGGCCUGGCUGCCCCUCAUCUCCAAGCUCUGCCACCGGGACACCAAGAAGUUCCUGUGCUCGCUGUUCGCCCCGGUGUGUCUGCCGGAGCUCAGCGGGCCGGUCAGCCCCUGCAGAAGCCUGUGCGAGGCCGUGCGGGAUGGCUGUGUGCCCGUAAUGAGCGCCUUCGGGUUCCCCUGGCCCGAGAUGUUUAAUUGCACCCGGUUCCCGCGCGGGACCGAUCUCUGUAUCCCGGCAACCGGAGAGCAGGAGGGGCGGACGGCAGAGGAGGUGAAGCACGAGGAGGCGCUGAAAGGCAGUGUAAUCUGUGAUGCCUGCAGUCUGGCUGCUGAGGGAGAGACUGACAUCCAGGAAAACUUCUGCCACAGUCCAUAUGCAUUUAAGAUGCGUCUGGGCAGUGUGUCGACAGUGGGAGGGGACCGUCAGCUGGUGCCUAUGGCCCGCAGCCGCAUUCUGAGGUGGGCAGGGGGAGGUGCGGAGAGGGCCGAAGGGGUCGGAGGCGCAAUGGCCCACAGUGCUUUGUGGCUGCAAGAAGGAGGCACCUGUACCUGUCCUGGCCUAGACUCUACAGACACAAACGAAGACAGGGUGUUGGAGGAGGAACAGGUGGGUAAAGGACACGCUAAAGGAGGGAAGGAUGGAUAUGGGGCUCCAGGUGGAUGGUACCUGGCCCUUGCUCAGGCUGAAGAGGGAAGGCUGGUGUUGACUCGGCUGGUGAGGUGGACCAGAGGGGACAAAGAGUUGAAGAAGUUUAUCAGAGCUCUCCUUAAACAGCCCUGUCCAGAGCUGUAGACAGGGAGUCAUCAACCACUGUAGUCCUGCCUCAUGGACGAUGCUUUGUGGUCAUUGGUUACCAAAGAACAAGUAAGGAACACAUCAGGAAACAAGUAGUUCGCAAAGUAACACUGAAUAAAUCACACGCACAGAUUUUUUGAUACUAUGUAAUGACUUUCUCAAUGAAUUGUUCCUGAUUAACUCUGAAAACACCACUCAAUCAAUAACCAAUCAAAUCUUCAUCACUAAGUACAUAUUAUUUUGUGUCAUAUGAAGUUGUUACCAAAUUUAUCAUGACACCAUAAUUUUCAUUAUUCACCGUGUUUGUGUUCCCUCAAGUAAAAUCGAGCAUCAUUUUUACCAAACUGACAAACCAAGAGGUUUUCUUUGUACUGAAAAUGGGCUUUUCAAUGACAACAAACAGAGAGCAGGCAUUUGUGCAGCUUGCUGUAAAGUUAUUAGACCGUAAUUCUUUUAGUGUGACAGAGGUAUUGUGACAAAAGUUACUUCUACAUGUGGCACACACAGGUUUAUAUAAUUCCAGCUGUGGCAAGCUGUGUAUUUUUUUGUAUUUUUGUGUACAUUUGUGUAUAUAGAAGAGACAAAAUGGUUUUGGUAAUAGACUGAUCUCAUCAAGUUUUCUACUGAUACAUAUUUGGGGUGAAGCAGUAUAAUUGUUGUUAUUCCUGUAAUGAUAAAAUAUUUUCUUAAACUGUACUAAACUGUUAUCGUAAUACUUAUAUAUACAUUAAACAUGCGUUUUUCUUUGACUAUUUACAACUAUUUUAUCAUUGUUUUUCACAGGCGCUCAAGCAUCAGUAGUUAGAUGGGUGAAAACACUUAUGUUGAAAGACAAGGGGGUGAUUAUCACAUGUUGGGAUGCUAUAAUCUCAAGUCACAUGAGAAGAGAAGCACUGAAAAGAAAAACAG